AUCUUCAAGAAUCACCCGCUGAAGCGGAAUUACAACGUGCAAGCCAUGGUCACCCCCAACGAGCCGGAGCCCAACACGGCGCUGCUGUCCCUCGUCCUCAUGGCCGGCACCUUCUUCAUGGCCAUCUUCCUCCGUCAGUUCAAGAACAGCUCUUUCCUGCCUGGCAAGGCCCGGCGCUUGAUCGGGGACUUCGGGGUGCCCAUUUCCAUCUUCAUCAUGGCGCUGGUUGACUUCUUCAUCAAGGACACGUACACGCAGAAACUGACUGUCCCCAAAGGGCUGGAAGUCACCAACUCAUCUGCCCGGGGCUGGUUCAUCAACCCCAUGGGGAACGAAAAGAAAUUUCCCAUCUGGAUGAUGUUCGGCUGCGUGGUGCCUGCCAUCCUGGUCUUCGUCCUCAUCUUCCUCGAGACACAGAUCACCACUCUCAUCAUCAGCAAGCCCGAGAGGAAGAUGGUGAAGGGCUCUGGCUUCCACCUGGACCUGCUGCUGAUCGUGGCCAUGGGGGGGCUGGCCGCCCUCUUCGGCAUGCCCUGGCUCAGCGCCACCACCGUCCGCACCAUCACCCACGCCAACGCCCUCACCGUCAUAAGCAAGUCCUCCGCGCCCGGCGAGAAGUCCCAGAUCUUGGAGGUCAAGGAGCAGCGCAUCAGCGGCUUGUUGGUGGCCGUACUCAUGGGCGUCUCCAUCCUCAUGGAGCCCAUCCUGAAGCACAUCCCGCUGGCCGUGCUCUUCGGCAUCUUCCUCUACAUGGGUGUCACCUCCCUCUUCGGCGUCCAGCUCUUCGACCGCAUCCUGCUCUUGCUGAUGCCACCCAAGUACCACCCCAAAGAGCCCUACGUCACCCGGGUGAGCACUUGGCGGAUGCACCUCUUCACCUUGAUCCAGAUCAUCAUCCUCGUGGUGCUGUGGGUGGUGAAGUCCACCCCGGCCUCGCUGGCGCUGCCCUUCGUCCUCAUCCUCACCGUGCCCCUGCGGCGCUUGGUGCUGCCCAAGAUCUUCCGGGACAUCGAGCUCAAAUGC